ACUGGAUCUGACUGCGGCUUCUCUGCGCGUCUCAGUGCGCCUGAGGUCGCUGUUCUGAGCGUCACCUCGCCUUCCUCUCUUUCGAUUUUGGAGUGAAAAUGGAGAAACGCUGCAUGGACUCACAAGUCAAAGGAGUCAGCACAGGGACCACCAUCCUGGCUGCCAUUUUUGAUGGAGGGGUCGUGAUCGGUUCAGAUUCCAGGGCUUCAAUUGGAGGGGAAUAUGUAUCAUCUAAGACCAUCAACAAGGUGAUUCAGGUUCAUGACCGGAUCUUCUGCUGCAUGGCUGGCUCACUCGCAGACGCUCAGGCCGUCAUUAAGACUGCUAAAUUCCACCUGUCCUUCCACAGCGUCCAGAUGGAGACCCCUCCGCUGGUGAUUGCAGCAGCGUCGGUGCUGAAAGAACUGUGUUACAAAAACAAAGAGGAGCUGCAGGCCGGCUUCAUGACAGCAGGCUGGGACAGGAAGAAAGGGCCACAGGUGUACGUGGUGUCCUUAGGCGGGAUGUUAAUCAGUCAGCCCGUUACCAUCGGUGGCUCAGGCAGCACUUACAUCUACGGCUACGUUGACGCCAAAUACAAACCCAACAUGAGCAGAGAAGAAUGCCUUCAGUUUGCCACUAAUGCUCUUGCUUUGGCCAUGGGCAGAGACAACGUCAGCGGGGGCGUGGCUCACCUGGUGGUGAUCACGGAAACCGGGGUGGAGCAUGUGGUUGUGCCUGGUGACAAGCUGCCCAAGUUCCAUGAUGAGUGACCACCUGACACAGUUGAAAUAUAUUUUCUUGUAUGGUGGAGUAAUUAUUUGGAUUCCCUAAGCCACAACUUUAUUACUAAUCUGCUCUGUCAAAUCACACACACACACACACACACACACACACACACUCACCUGAAGAACAGGUUAGACACGUGGAUUUUUAGUUUGUUGCCUGCACAUGAGUAACUGUGAUCAUAUGUGGAAACAUAUUUGAGUUUGUGUUUUUAUGCUCUGAUUCAAACUCUAUUCCAAGGCCACGGUCAACACUGUCAUCAUUUCCAUUAUAAAACCAGGUUUCUGUCUGCCUUCUUAUGUGUCCAGGUCACGUGUUGUGUUGUUUUUUUAACAUAUGGAAAUAUGUGAAAUAAAAAUG